UACUUGUAAUUGCCUUUAUAGAGGAUUUUAGAAGAGUUACGGACACAGCUUGCCUUUAUCACCACUACCAAUUACUUCUACCCAUGAUCCUAUUUCUGAAUUAUUGAAUGAGGAUGUGGUUGAGAAGCUGAUUAGGGUUCAGGGUUCGAGACCACAUCCGAGUUCAAUAAUUUCCGUAGUAUACAAGCGUAACCGGUUCUUUAACUGGUUUGUAGUACAACUGGGCGGCUCAAGUCUCACAUAUCUAUUGGUCGUGCACGAACACUGGUAGAUAAGCAAGGACGACCGACCAUGGGGACCAUUCUGCACCCGGAAAUUGUUAAGUGUGCACAGCGCCGUGUUUUCCCCACGCCUUGCUGUGGAGGUAGUUGAGUCUGGUGCAUCUAGAGAGCUGUAAAUAUAUCCCUGCUACUUUUCGAGCACUUACCUUGCUGUUCUGGCGUAACCGUUCUGUGUUUUCCAACCGCAGGAAAAUGUAGUACGAUCGUACCAAUAAGGCAUAUAUGGUGCUGUCGGCGCCUUUGAUACCCCCCACGCAUGGUGCUAAAAUGGUUGUGAGAUGGAACGUGUCACUUAAAAAAACGAAAAUGGUGUUUCUGUCCCUGGCACAAGUGCUAGUUGGUCUGUAACUAGACCUUGUCCAAUGCACGGUCAUAAAUGGUACCCAACGUGUUUAUCUCCCCAGUGAAAAGCAUGUUUGCAAUAGUAUGUCUCAACAACUUGGUAGCAAGGUGCAGAGGCAAGGCAAGGCAAACAAGUCGACUUACACCCAGAACAGCUCUUUCUUUUCAAAGAAAAGAAGAGCUGCCCUGGGUGGGAUUCAAACCCACGACACUCUGCAGUCAAGGCGAGCUCUCUACCAACUGGGCAACUCAACUGUUCGGGGUUGGAAUCUACAGCACAAAGGAUCCUACAUGCUAGAUAGACCACCAUCACCAGAAAGACCACCACUUGGACAGAAGAGAACACGUCAUACAGCACUUCUCCAAGAUGAUAUUCUAACUGGAGACUUUGAAGACUACAGUCCAACUCCCUCCCUCCGAACGUCCCCAAUACCAUCUAACAGACCUCUAAAGUUCUCGAAGCGGGAGAAAGUGACCACAGCCUUUGCUGAUGAGGUGGAUUUUCUUGAUUUUGAUGAUCACUUAACUCCCCCAUCUGAACUUUACACUGGGUCAGGUGGAAAGCCUCUCCUGCCAUUUCACCUGGAAACCAAGGCUCACAGAAAGAAGAAUGCUUUACAGCAGUCGUUACUGGUUUCAGACUCUGGCCAAGAGAGUGCAGAGUGGUUGGAAUAUGUGGACCCUAAUGAACCAAGAUAUUGCUUGUGUAAUCAGGCAUGUAGCAAGAAGAGAACUGUGCCACAGUGUACUUUCACAGUAACCUCUAAGCCACACCCCCCAGACAAAAGUCUCUUAUGGAGAAAUGGUUGGCUGUGAUAAUGCAGAGUGUCCGAUUGAGUGGUUCCACUAUGGGUGUGUUGGAAUAUUGGAACCUCCAAAGGGAAAGUGGUACUGUCCCCAAUGUACUAUGAAGAAGAAAGGACGGAAAUCUCACACAUGACCAUAAUAAUAACUUUCACUGCAUAAUACCUCUUGUGUGUGUAAGUAUCAUCAUGAGCUGUAUGCAGCUUGUUAUACAAGUUGUUCCAUUUCUGGUGUUUCAUAGACAAAAGGCCACUGUACUGUGCAAUAGGUUGGUCAAUUUUAUACUAAUGGCAUCUAUAAAGGUGUGCAAGAUGC